GUGGUACAUGCUAGUUAGUGACGACGUCAAGUUGAAAGCAAUGGCGGUGCAAAUGGAUAAACUGUUCCCUCGUGAAUUUAUCAGGAAUGAUGGUAUCACGCUAACAAUUUAUCAAGCUGCUGUUGGUGAUGUCGGUUGUGUCAUCUGGGAUGCAGCCAUAGUUUUAGCUAAAUAUCUGGAGUCAAUUGAUUUCGACAAAGGAAAGCAUUUAAAAAGGAAAAAAAUUUUAGAGCUGGGUGCAGGUACUGGUUGUCUCGGUAUUGUCGCUGCAACGUUUGGGGCUCAUGUAUAUAUCACAGACUUGGACAGUUAUGUGCCACUAAUGCAAGAAAACAUUAAUGUAAAUAAGGAACAUACCACUGGUGAAAUUGAAGCCAAAACUCUUAACUGGGAGAGCUCUAAUUUCUUGUGUCCAGGAUUAGAUUAUAUCCUUGUCUCUGACUGUAUAUACUAUUCUCAAUCUGUAAAACCUCUUGUUAAUACCAUUACUCGCUUGAGUGAGCCGAAAACUGUUGUGUUGUGUAGUUAUGAAGAAAGAACAACAGGAAAAUAUCCAGAACUUCAACGUGACUUCUUUAAGUUGAUGGAAGCAAACUUUAAUGUUGAAGAAAUUCCCAGAAGCCAUCAAGAUGAUUGCUAUCACAGCUCUGAUAUUCAUAUAAUGAGAUUCAUAAAGAAAGCUAAAUACUAAACAUGUAAAUUUCACUCUUUCGGUAUUCAACUACACAAAUACAAGUAUUGCUGAUGCGUUGUGAAUAUCUCAUUGUUACACCACUUUGUGUAUCUGGACCAGAUCAUAUAAAUGCCUUCCAUGAAGGUGGAUGUAAAUUGCUGUUCUUUAACAAUGCACUCUAUUUUAAAAUUUCAUUUGUUAUUGGUACCAUUAAUUGUCACCAGCACCUUCCAUGUCAUUACACUUCACAUUUUAAGAAACUUGAAAACUCAAAUAAUAUUAACUUGAAAUUCAAAAAGAGUUAAAAAAGAUAUUUGCAUUUUUCUUUUUUCUAAUUAGCAGAGAGUUCUGAAGAGAAGAAUUUUGAAUCAUCUAGUGCAUUUACCAAUAAAGAAUAAUAUAAUUAAGAUAAAUAGCAAACACUGCCAAAGUUACUCAAUGGGAGUACAUAAUAGCUAUAACAAGAUUUGAAUUUCUAGUUUUCUGAUAAUUGAUUGAGUGACAGACAUAAGGCAAGUUAUAACUAAAACUUUAUGGCAAAAUAACUGAGUUAAUUAUUGGCAGACACAUCUUUUUAAUAUAUUGAUUUUUAUGAAUUAAAAAUCAUUUGUUUUAUGGCAGUGCCAUGCCAGGUG